AGGCAUGCAUGAGGCGCCAUGUUGACUAUUGACCUAUGCUAUUGACCAAUAUCCAAUAUGGUCACUAUUUAGCACCACAGUUUUAUUACAUUGUUCUAUAACCAUUAUAAACUUAUUUAAUGAGAAAAAUUUAGUUUGAAAAAUGUUUCUAGUGAGUGUAUUUUUAUGCAAUUUAUGAAAUAUUGCAGUGUUAUGUUUAUGUCAGAACCAGAAUAUUAACGAUAAAAAACGUAGUGAUUCAGUUGGUGUAAAUACAGACACACACAUUUAAUUAAUCUUGAAUGUGGUGAAUAAUAUAGAAUUUAUGUGUCUUAUAAUGGAUUCAGUUGAUUAAGGUCUGUUUUAUUUUAAAUAAAAAUGCUUCGCAUUAUUAUUACGUUAACCCUUUGGAUAUUCGCCAUGGGUGAUGAUUGGACUACACAAUGUAACAAAUGUAAAUGUAUAUGGUCAGAUGGACGUAAAAAGGCUGACUGCAGUAAUAUAAAAUUAAUAACCAUUCCAGAUAAUUUGAGUUCUGAAAUAAGAGAUGUAGACAUUUCGUCAAAUGAAUUGUAUGAACUAAGAGACUAUGCAUUUGCCAGUGUAAAUUUACAAAAUAUUAAUAAAUUAAAAUUGAGGAAUUGCACUAUAGAAAAGGUUCAUAAAUUUGCUCUUGCAAAAUUAGCUCUCUUAAUUGAGUUGGAUCUUUCUCUGAAUGAUAUAAGUGAACUAGAGGAAGACACUUUCAAAGAUAAUGAAAAGCUAAGAACACUAUUUUUGAAUCAUAACAAUUUAAAACAAUUACAUGGCACUGUCUUCCACAAUUUAAGAUAUUUACAGAAAUUUGAAGUAAAUAGUAAUAAAAUCACAUAUGUGGAUCCUUACAUCUUCAAAAAUGGACCAGCAUUGCAAUAUGUGGAUUUAAGCAACAAUAAAUUAAAGUAUAUUGAUCCACAAUUUCUAAUGAAUUUAGAAAGAAUAAUGAGUUUUAAUGUUCAAAUGAACCCAUGGAUUUGUGAUUGUAAUCUUAAAAAAUUGAGAGAUUUGGUAAUUGAAAAUAAUUUAGUUACAACACCAACAGCAUGUGUAGAACCUCGAAGACUUAAUAAUACACUAUGGAGCCAACUUGAAUCAAAAGACUUUGCAUGCCAACCUAAAAUUAUAAGCAUAUUUUCAAAUGUCCUAGACAAUGUAGUAGCAUCAAAUGUUACAGUAUUUUGUAAAGCAGAAGGUGAUCCAGACCUUGAAGUUAAUUGGAUGCUUAAUGGGCGUACAAUCGACAGAGAUUCUCAAAAACAAAAGUAUUACAUUCGUGAAGAUACAACAGGCAGUUUAUCUUGGUGCAAUUUGACAAUUUUUCAAUUUGAUUUUGGGGAUAGGGGUGAAUAUCGAUGUAUUGCAAAGAAUGCUGCUGGAAAAGAUGAGAAAAAUAUCAGCCUCACUAUAGGAAACGACUUUUAUAAUAAAAGUGUUUAUAGAACAUCUUCGUCAGGCAUGCUUAACUUAGCUAUAGGAUUAUCUGUCGCGAUUGUAGUGUUGCUUAUUUUGGUAGCUGUGUUAAUAUUUUAUUGCAUUAAAACUAGCCGUAAAUCUGAAUCAAAACUGAAUCCAUUGAAUCAAUCAAACGAUUAUAUUAAUUUACCUGUUAGACAAGAAGCUGAAAAGUCUCUCAUAACUGAAGUAAAUCCAGUAACAAAGCCCCCCAGACAAUAUUCAGCAUCUGCUAUGAAUGGUUCAAUGGAGCUUGAUAUUAAGACAAAUUUGUUGGAGAAUGACAUGAGUUAUGGUAUCGACGAUGAGUCUCAUUCAUUCGACUUCGAACGACCCACACAUAGCAAAUCUCAAAACAUCAAUGCUGUAAACGGAAUUCAGCUUCCUCCCGAUCUCCUGUCGUUUUCACAUCGCAGCAUUCAAAUUUCUCCAACGGCAAGUUCUGUAUCGAUGAUCCAAGAUCCAAUUAUUCAGCCACAAGGCUACGGCUUGCCAACUAAUAUUCAAAGUCCUUUGUACGAUUCCUUGAACAUGUGCCGAACCUUACCAUAUUCUAGAAGUCAAUCGCCAUUCGUUUCGCCCUUAAAUUCCGUCAUGGUGACGUCUUGUCCUAGUGGAUAUGUCACUAUACCUCGAAAACCUAGAGCGAGUUGGAGUAGUGAGUCUCCUGGACAUUCCUUAAUAGCAGAUCCUGUCUAUGAUAAUCUUGGAGCACGUACGACGGCAGGAGGAAAUUCUCAAUUAUCAUUAAAUCGUUUAAACGAUAUUCCCAAGCCGAAAGUAGCUACGUUGCCCCGAAAUUAUCUCAUUCCAAGGGCUACAAGUGCCGAACAACAGGUGAUCAAAAGAAAACCCAAUACAGAAUACGAACCAUUUUCUUUACUGUCUACUGACGUUGAUUCCGCGAAUAGUGGAAUACAAAAUAAUUCGGGAGCAGGAGCAAUGGUUAAGGUUCCUCCUCGACCUCCUCCGAAGCCUAAAAAACGUUCUUCUACAGGGCCAUUGUUUGAAGAUGAGGGUGAAGAUGGAACCGAAGUCUGAGAGAUGUAAUAUAAAUAAAUAUCCAUUUUAUUAAAUUAAGUUUGUGAUAGAACUGGCGAGGUACCAGUGGCAAUAAAGUAAGAAAUUUGUAAUUACAUUUCAUUGUAUCUUAAAUGUAAAAUAAAAACAAAUAUAUACAUAAAAAAAGAA